ACCAGGUCUCCUCCCCCUCCCAGUUCUCCCCCCCACCACCAAGGCUUGAACCCCGUCGUCGUGCGAUAAAACUAGCGCAGGAAGAUAAGGGCGCUUCCGGGGGCUGACGCAGUACUGUACUGUACUGAUCCUGGUUGCUGGCUUGACUACUUCCGUCUGCAAGCCCUUUUUCAGCUGCGGUUGGUCUGCGGUUGGUCUGCGGCGGCGGUUGGUUGCUUCGGGUCGUCGUCGGCGCUCGAAUGGUAAGGCUGAAAUCUUAGUGAGUUGGGGCAAAGUGGAGGGUUGCUGACUCAUCCGUGGUUCGUCCUUGGGCUGCCAAUUCUCCGUUUGUGGAAACAGUGGAUAGAGGAAUCUCUGUGAACGCGCAAUUCAACCGCCCAAACAUGAAAGACAUUUUAUUCCCCGAAGAAUGAAUGGAGUUGGCUCCAGGCGAUGUGUCGGUUCGAAUUACUGGGCUGCAUUCUGUUGUUACGUCGUCGAGUUGGCAAGAGUGAGGAGGAUCGCGCCGCUAGCAAUUCACAACCGCCAGCAUGCUCCAUGAGAUACUCCUCGCCUUGUCCGGUCAUAACUCUCCCCUGUUUGACCAAGAGGAAGGUGGCUCUGCCAAAGACGGUGUCCCGUUUCUCUCGCCCGCCGAGCACGCCCUCCUCCAACCAAUAGCGGAGCUGUGUCGACUUCAUACACUACUCCGCAAACAUACAGCGCGAAUUUCCUCGUCACAUCCCUCCACAAUAUGUCGGGCGGUAUCAACCAAUAUCUCCACAGUGCAAUUGGGCAACUUCCAGAAACAAAUACUGGAGGUUGAGACAGCAGUGCUUGCUAAUGAUGCUCGAUAUGUUGGUGGCCAUGGGAUCGUACCAUUAUCAACAAUUCGCUCAGAAUUCUUGCCUUGGGUGGGGAGGUUACAAUGGCUGUGGCAGAUCGCACGGUUUAUGUCGCCGAUUGUGGGUGAGGAGCAAGGAAUGUGUACUGGAGCCAGCCUAAUUGAUCACCUUCGAAAGGAGUCGCAUACAGGAUAUUUGGAUCUUGAAGAGAUGGCCCUUCAGCUGAUAAAUGCCGGAGAAACCGCGUUCAUGCGUCAGCUCUCGAUGUUUGUGCUGUACGGCCAAUUGCCAUCAUUCGGACGUGGAGAUUUCUUUAUCCAGGAAGGCCAGUCGACGGGGUACGAGAAACAAAAAAAUACCGACUUCACAAUCCGAGCAGAUCUAAUGCCAAACUUUGUGUCUUCGUCCACUGCCAAUUCAAUCUUAUUCAUCGGUAAAUCCUUGAAUCACAUCCGAGCGCAGGGCAAAUUUUCCGCUGGAGAUGAGUCAAUGGCCUCGCUGUCCAAGCUCACGUUACAUGGAGAUUAUCUCGAUCAUCUCUCAGCUCUUUCUUCCCCGAUAUCGCCCGCUGGCCUUAGUGGUGCAAUAUCCAAGAUAAGGAUUUCAUUGUCACAAACUGCCUUGUCACAACUUCUCCCAUUACCUAAAAUCGUGGAAAUCCUUUCCUUGUUGCAUGAUUUCCUCUUGUUAGGACGUGGCGAAUUCGCUAUGGGGCUAGUUACAUUCGCGAAUAAUCUUUCAAAAGGGAGACAUCGAAGGCCUGACCUAUUGAGAUUGGGGAAGGGUAGUACCGAUCUAUUAGAGAAUCUCGCAGUUAAGGAGGGGGAAGUGGCCGCAGUUUUAUCUCAAACUUGGUCCGAACUGUAUUCAAUACAGAAUGCGGAAGACCCCGUAGACGACGAACUCGACCUCGCCAGAGAACUUCUACACCUUUCCAUCAAAGACAAGACUGAUAACAGACGGGUUUCCACGAAAGAAGCGGCAGUUAGUAGCCCACUAAUAGACGUUUCUGACGUCCCUUUCAACGAUUUACUAUUUGGCACGCCCACAACGUUGUCUUUAGAUGUUCUACCACCGCUAGAUCUCUUUCUCUCUCAGGCCGAUAUGGGGCUAUACUCGAAAGUCCACUCUUAUCUACUUGCUAUUCGUCGAGGCCAAAUUCACCUAAGUAAUCUGUGGAAAUUGACAUCCCUUCGAAGAACUCACCCGGCGCCUCCUCUAGCAAACAAGCGUGGAGGCCAGGUAAGAUGCCAGUCAAACCGGGAACGGGCUCUUGCUCGAGCUGCUGCUAUCAGACCGAUCUGGAUCACGGCAAGUAGAGCUCUUUUUAUAUUGUCAGAGCUGACAAGCUAUAUGCACGGCGAGGUUAUAUCGAACUCGUGGCAACACUUGAAGCAAUGGCUAGAUGAAGUCCGACCAGUAUCAAUGAGUGGCUCGCGGCCGGCAACGGCAGUCUCCUCAGUCUCCCGGCGCGAAAGUUCGGCUGCGCGCUUUCGCUUAAGCAGCCUGGGCCAGGGCGAUCCCCAAGCGCGGAAAGAAAAUAAACCAUCCCAACAUGACCCGGAAGCUAUCACAGCGGCCCACCGCGCUCACCUGGUAUCCAUCAUCCAAUCCCUGCUCCUAACAGACAUACCCUUCACCCGAGCACUCCGCACACUCCUAAAUGCCAUCGACCACCUCAUCGCCAUGGUAAUCCGUCUCGAAACCGUACAGCAGAACCUGGACUUGGAAACUGAUGAGGGCGUCGUGGAUUCCCUAGCCGAUUACGCGGCGGAAGACAAGAGGAUAAUGCAUGACCUUCACAUAGCAAGGGUCGAAGUUGACAAUGGCGCUGCAGAUCUCAUUUCUCGAUUACGUGAUAUUGACGAUAAUCGACUCGGAGAUGGUAAGCGGCCUUUUGACCUGGGGCAGAACAAUGUUGGUGGUAAUGUGAUGAAUGUGAAUGGGGAUGGGAAUAUGGGUAUGUUUGGCGAUGGUGCGGGUGUGAGUGCGAGUGCGGCAUAUGUACCGUGGAAACCAGCUGGGGUGGAUCAGUUGUUGAUGAAGUUGGACUUUUUCAGUUCAAGUCAGAAAGACGAUGUGGGCGGAUUUGAAUUUGGGGCUACGUUCACUUGAGAACUCGUUCAGUGUUUACCGUUAGGCUGGGGCACAGAGUGAGAGGGCGCUUGAUAAUCGAAUUUGUAUGAUUAUACCCCCCCCCCCCCGGCCUCCUCCCUCGGAGGGCUUCUUCCUCUUCCCCUUCCUCAUCAUUUUCUUUCUUAUGUCUUUCAUGAUCAUGAGUUUACGGAUGUACCGAGGCGGCGUUUGCAUUUUCAGGGUUAGGUUCGGGGUUCGGAAUUAUCACACUAAACAAUUGGUAGAAAAUUAUCAACGCGAUUUUUUUUAUUUUUUUCCGUUCAGAAUCACGGAUAGGGUAUAGUGGGACACUGAGUUAUUUAUUCUCCUAUUUCAGUCAGAGACUAUGCAGGAGACCCCCCUCAUCAUCUCAGUCUGAGGGCAGAAUUUAUUUCCAAUCACUCAUCUGACUACUCUCACUGAGGUGUAUACAGUCUCAAGCAGCCUUUACUAAUUAUAUGAUUUUAUGUGUAUAUCAUUGAUCAGAGAAAAUUCUUCACUACUCUCAAUUUAAAAUCUAGUAUAAUUCUGAAUCUUUGAUAUCUCUAAACUAGACGGUUCAGAGAAAAUCACUAAAAUCAUAUUAAAUCUGACUGAAUGCAAAGACAAUCUUCAUACACUAAGAUUUAAUGUCAUUCUGUCCAUUGAUUAUAUAUAUAUAGUGAAAAUCAUUUCCUC